UGGUCCCCCCCCAUGUGGGGGUCAUUGCGCCGCCCAGCGACCGCGACUAGCGCCGCUUGAACCAGCGCACCAGCAGGCAGACGGCGGCAUCCAGGAACAGGCUUAUCCCAUGGAGUACCCUAUUCCAUUGGGCCAUUCACGGAUUCACCUCGUUCGUUCAACAUGCCUGUCGAGUACAUCGAAGCGACGACGCCCGUCGCCGUGAAAGAGCUCGACAUGCUCGACAAAAUUGACGACAACGAGUCGGAAGAGAUACCGCAAACUGUCCUGGAUGAACUCCGUUCCAAGUACAACUGGAUCUACUAUGCGUUCUACUUUUUGGACGGCGCCGUCAUGUGGGCGUACUACUCGUGCCUGUCGGCACAGGACUUUUACGCGGGCAAGUACCCGUCGGUCAAGUUUUCGUUCUUGACGACCAUGUUCUUGACGUGGCCGCUCAGUUUGGGGUACCUCGUCCAGAUGUGGGGCGGGCUCGACCACGCGCUGGGCCACCGCCUGCGCAUGCGCAUCGGGUUCCUCGCCAUUGCUGCGGCCAGUGUCGUGAUCAUUGUGCACGACUGGUUCAACUUGACCGAGACAACCGGCGCGUACUUGUGCUUGGCCAUGUUUGCCGUCGCGGGCGCGGCGCACUCGUUGAGUGAGCCCGUGCUCUACAUUAUUGCCGGGCUCUUCCCCGACGAGAAGUUUACGAACGCUGUCCAGAUCGGCGACUCGAUGGCGGGCUGCGUCAACGUCGUCGCGGCCACUGUCAUUCGCCUCGUGGUUGGCGGGUACAAGAGCGAAGCAGGAUCCACCGCCGUCAACGUGAGCUUCUACUUGUUCAUGGGCCUCUUGGUCGUAGUCUGCUUCCUCGCGAUUUACAUCCACGAAAAGAUGACGUCGAUACCGGCGGUCAAGUACUUGCUCGACCGCGCCGAACGCGACCACCAGAAGAAGGCGCUCGUGUCGUUGCCGGAGCUCUGGUCCAACUACGUUCGCGUGGCCAAGACGGUUGCGCUCCCCAUGGCGGCGCAGUACAUGAUGUUCUUCUGCACGCUUGCGCUUUUCCCGGGCAUCGGGUGCACGUCCAGCGACCACGUGAUCGACCCCAAGACUGACUACUCGAUCGCGUGGUAUUGCUCGCCUGGCAUCAUUGCGUCCUUCAGCUUUGGUGACUUGGCGGGACGGUACUUGUGCAAUAUCAAGGCGAUCUGGAGCUUCUUCAACGCCAAGUCGAUGUUUGUCAUCUCGCUGGCGCGGUGGGUGUGGCUGCCGCUCUUCUUGAUGGGCCUGUACGCGUCGCCGCUGUACGCGUUCGCGAACGCCCCGACGCUCGGUCUGUUCUGGCAGAUCAUCAUGUACUUUUUAUUUGGCGUGACUGGGGGUGUGUUUGCCACGAUCACCAUCGGCAUGGCACCGUUGAUGGUGCCGCAGGCGGAUCGCCAAGCUGCGUCCGCGUUGAUGGUCAUGGCGCUGUACUUGGGCUUGAGCACAGGCUCGACGUUCGGGUACUCGAUCGGCCACAACCACUACUUCCACGUCGGCUUGUAGACGAACCGCGUCAAGCGCUCGUCAGGUUGGACGAAACGAAGCUCGUUAGUUAGGUUGUCAGUGUAAUAUUGUGAAUGUGCAUCCCCAGGUUUCCCUCGA